AUAUGGCAUGAUUCUGAAUUACACAGGCUCUUAUUACUUUUUGACGACAUAACGUAGAGGCUAACGUUAGCUGCUAGUUUUAUCUGCGUAACUAGAAGCAUUGUUGUUUGACUCAGCUGUUACGAGUUGGUGUGUGGGGGUGUGUAGCUCUGCACGGCAGGCUCGAUUAUUUUCUGGCUGACCCAGAUAUUAAAAAGCUGCGCAGCAGUAACGAGGCUCUGAAAAUGGACACCAGAGCCUUGAAGAAUCCAUACCCCGACUAUGAUGGAAGCCCCGCGUCCACACAGGCGUUGUUUGACUCUCAGGGAAAGCUCACACCAGAGUUUGCCCACCGGCUGAGCAGCAAGAUUGUGGAGCUUUUAGGCGUCAUGGAAAAUGGGCUUAGGUCUGCAGAUCCAAGGAACUGCACUGCUUACACGGGCUGGGCAGGCAUCGCUCUGCUCUACCUGCACCUCCACGAAGUGUUCAGGGAGUCCUCGUUCCUUCAGAAAGCGCUGGAGCAUGUCAGUCAGAGCCUCCAGUGUUUGACCCGGCGCCAUGACGUCACCUUCCUGUGUGGGGAUGCGGGGCCCUUGGCUGUGGCUGCUGUCGUCUACCAUCGCCUUCAGAGGGUGCAAGAGAGCGACGAGUGUGUCAACAGGCUGAUGCAGUAUUACCAGGCUGUGGUGAAGGGUUCAGGCGGGCUGCCGGACGAGCUGCUGUACGGGCGGGUGGGCUACCUCUACUCCCUGGUCUUCAUCAACCAGCACCUUGGAAAAGACAGGAUCCCAGAUGUGUACAUCCAACAGAUCACCCAGGCUGUGCUGCAAUCAGGUGAGCACCUCAGCAGGAAAUUCCGGGUCCAGAACCAGAGCCCCCUGAUGUACGAGUGGUACCAGGAGCAGUAUGUUGGAGCUGCCCACGGCCUGGCUGGCAUCUACUACUUCCUCAUGCAGCCAGGCUUCGUCUCCUCGGUGGAGCUCGUGUACGGGCUGGUGAAACCCAGCGUCGACCACGUCUGCCGCCUCAAGUUCCCUUCAGGAAACUACCCCCCCUGCAUCGGCGAUGAUCGGGAUCUGCUGGUGCACUGGUGCCACGGAUCUCCGGGGGUCAUAUACAUGCUCCUGCAGGCCUACAAGGCUUUUGGAGUCCCUCAGUACCUGGAGGACGCUCUGCAGUGCGGGGAGGUGGUGUGGUGGUACGGUCUCCUGAAAAAGGGCUACGGCCUGUGCCACGGUGCGGCCGGUAACGCCUACACCUUCUUGGCCCUGUACCGGCAGACGCAGGAUCCGAAGUACCUCUACAGAGCCUGCAUGUUUGCCGACUGGUGUAUGAACUACGGCAAACACGGAUGUCGGACACCAGACACUCCUUUCUCUCUUUUUGAAGGCAUGGCGGGCACCAUCUACUUCCUGGCUGACCUUCUGAAUCCAAUGAGAGCACGAUUCCCAGCCUUUGAGGUGUAGAAAGUGUCCACAGGUAGUGCUCCCCACCCACGCCGGCGAUCAUUUAACACGAAGACGCACACUGCUCUCUGUCACGCAUGGACCCAGUCUACACCGUCGUGACGGCAGGGUUUGAUUCAGCAUUCGGACAUUGUUCCAUGUUUUUCCUGCUUGUUUCUGCUGGGAACGUCAUAUGUCAUUAAUAGGCAGAUUCCUGUAAUGUCGUGGAAAUAUAUCAAGCUUGUGAGCUUCUCUAGCAUUGUCUCAUAACUUUAACUCUUGCUCUAUGAACUGAAUAUUGUGAUUUGUUUAGGGUUCCAGUGAAGAAGAAGAAGGGAACUAAUUUUUAAUUUCAAACAGCCACAACAUAAAAUGAAAAUGUGGGAAAGCAGACUGGAGUUUUGUUAACACUUAGCUGUAUAUAUUUAUGUUUGGAUGCUUUUGUUUUCUAUUGUUUUACUUGUUUUGGGGGGUUGAAAACAUGCUUAAAGUACAGAUGGCUACAUUGCAACAGACAUAACACAAGCUGUGUCGCGUGUUUAGGGCGUAACCUCACAAGCUGUUGGCUGUCCUUUGCACUGUCUGAGCAAUAAAGUUUGUACAGCUGUU